AUGUUCAACGUUUGCAGACGAUGCCCGGCCUCGAUAUCGAGAGUCUUUCGCGUCGCAGCAUCAGCGACCCGCACACCUUCAUCAAAACCCUUGACGCUGUCAUCAUGCCUCCAGCCAGCGGCGAGAAGACCAACGGCGGCGAGAUGGAUUUCCGUGUCAUCACAAUUCAGGAACCACGCCGCUGCGGAGAGAGAGAUUGCCGAUGGCGAGAAUCAUGUGGCGUCAGGAGCAUCAUCCGGCCCGCCUCCACCGCAGAAGGAUGUGACCACGUUCCAGGAGUUGAUUGACAACGAUAUGGUGCACCGUAAUGUCGUUGAGGCGAUUACCAAGGGGAUGGGCCAUCAAACUAUGACGGAGGUGCAGGCAAUGACCAUCAACCAGGCACUCUCAGGCUCAGACAUUGUUGCACAAGCUAGAACUGGAACUGGAAAGACCCUCGGCUUCCUCGUCCCUACCAUCCAGAACAUCCUGCGACAGAGUCCAGAGCUGGCCACUCGAAAGCAAUAUUCCAGAGCGCGUGCUUCCGAUAUCAGGGCAAUUAUCAUCUCUCCUACCCGUGAACUGGCAGAGCAAAUUGCAGUCGAGGCAGAGAAACUUUGUGGUAACACAGAUUUGAGAGUCCAGGUCGCAGUGGGUGGUAACAGCAAGCGCUCCAUGUUGCAAAAGACCUUGAGAGAGGGAUGUCAUUUGCUUGUGGGAACCCCUGGUCGAUUGCAAGAUUUGUUAGAGGAUAACUACAGUGGAGUUAAAGCCCCGAAUUUGACCACUUUUGUUCUCGACGAAGCCGACAGAUUGUUGGACGAUGGAUUUUCCAAGGAUAUCCGGGCGAUUCAGGACUUGCUUCCCGAUCGAAAGGUUGUUGACCGGCAGACAUUGCUCUUUUCCGCAACGAUGCCCAGAGAGGUCAUGCACCUUGUCCGAUCAACCUUGAAGCCCGGAUUCCAUUUUGUUCAAGCAGUCAAGGAGGGAGAUCUUGCGACGCACGAGAAGGUUCCCCAACACAUUGUCAUUACUCCUGGUAUCGAGAACCACAUGCCAGCACUACUGGAGCUAGCGAAGCGGGAGAUCGAGAAGGCUGCACGAGCUCACACCGCGGGAGAGGAAGUCAGACCAUUUAAGGCCAUUGUCUACUUCCAAUCUACGGCAAAUGUCAUCUUGGCUAGUGAUAUCUUCCAAAACUUAAAGAGUACCAAUAGUCCCGGUCAGGGUAUGUUCGGAAAACACCCCCUGUACCCAGCCCAGAUUUCCGAGAUGCACGGCCAGCUCAGUCAACAGGCACGUACCUACGUCUCGGAGCGCUUCCGCAGAGCAAAGUCUGCAAUCCUGUUCUCCACCGAUGUCACAGCCCGAGGAAUGGAUUUCCCCAACGUCACACAUGUCGUACAGAUCGGUCUGCCACCUAAUCGCGAACAAUACAUUCACAGAAUCGGCCGAACAGGGAGAGGAGACAAGACCGGAGACGGAUUGAUCUUUCUUAACGAAGCAUCAGUCCAGGUUGCCCGAAGAAUGUUGCGUGGUCUCCCAAUCAUUCCCGACAAGUCUCUGCAAUCCGCCGAGAUUGACAUGACCAAGGACGCCCAGGUGCCACAAUCGGUCGCCGAGACGCUCAGCCAGGUUGGUGAUGCCAUUAAGAUGGUCAGCCGGAGAACAAAGGAGGAUGCCUACAUGGGAGCUCUUGGAUCACUCGGAGGAGUGAACCCUAUCGAGGGAGCCAUGGCUCUGAACCGCUGGACUCGAUACGGAUGGGGCUUUGAGGAGCCCCCACGAGUUGCACCAGGUCUUGCCUCGAAGCUAGGUAUCUCUAGAAUUGAAGGAAUGAACGUUGGACACAGACAGACAGAUGAUUUUGGUGAUAAUGAUCGCGGAUUUGGUAGACAAGGAGGAGGAUACGGAGGUCGUGGUGGCGCGGGGGGACGAAGCUUUGGGGGUAGGAGCGAUGGUGGUGACAGAUACGGAGGCGGCUCCUCAAACCGUGGAAGUGGUGGAAGAUCGCCUGGUGGAUUUGGCGACCGUAAAGGACGAGCUCAUGGAUUCGGCGACCGGGGAGGACGGGGUGGUGGAUUUGGUGGGCGUUCAGGAGGGGGUGGUUACGGUGGUGGUCGCGGUCGCGACCAAGGCCCGCGAGCCUCUUUCUAA